AUGGAAACUCUCUCGGAAUCAAUGGCGACCACCUCGACUAAAACGCUCGAUACACCUUCUCUGAAACGCACGCGUGGUCAAUCCCUGCUCGACGACUUUGCCGGCUUUCGAACCGAGUUGGAUGCUCAUGUCGGUCUCUCGCUUCCUGCGAUACGGGACCGUACAUCCCGCCGGAUGAGCUGAUGUCUGCGCUUUGACCCGGCUCGAACUGUAGCAAGACCGAAGGGAACGAGUGAUCAAGACCUCGCGUGACAUCACUGCGCUGUCCAAGAAACUCAUCUUUACCCUCCAUCGGUACGUCUCGGCCGCUCGGGUUCAUCAUGGAAACGCACAGACACUAAAUGCUGACAGAAAACCAAAUAACUUUGUAGAAUCACCAACACCCCUCGCGCUACAGUCCUCAAAGAAGCCGAGGCCAAGAUCGCGCAACUGAGAGAGCUCUUCAUCAAGGUGCACGUUGAGGUCCAAGGCGAUCAAUUCUGGAGGUACGUCCUAGACAAGAGAACUUGUGUAAACGUAAUCUUGGCUGAACCGUUGCUUCUCAAUCCUCACCACAGAUACGAGAAAGCGAUUUCACCAGGAAUGCAGGAAUAUGUUCGUCUUGCGAAGUCGUGCUCUUUCUGAACGAGCUUUGGGUUCGCUGACCUAGUGCCUCUCUACACAGCUCGAGGGAUGGACUUUUUAUUACUACAUACUCCACCGAAGGAUUCCGACUCUUUCCGAAGCUCAGGCUUCCCUACUACCGCCUCUUCCCGCCGAAUCCUCCGAAUCCACAACCACACCCUACGAACGACCCCCCUUGGUUCGAGUCACAGGAGAGGAUUAUCUAGGGGGCAUCGCGGAUCUGACCGGUGAAUUGAUGCGUUUGGCCAUUGCUUCGAUUGGCAAGUCAUUGGCGGCUGCGACGGCCGCGGCCGGUGGAGACAAGGGGGAGGAUAUCGAUGAUCUCGGGAGGUUGGUGAGGGCUAUGAAAGGAGGUGAGUCGGAGCACGCAAUUGUCCAUCGAGCUUCGGGCAUGGGUGAUUUACAUCUUUUAUCUGGGCGUACGCAGAUUUGGAUCCACUUGCACCUUACGCACGGUGGCUGGGCAAAAAAUUGGUCGUGCUCGAUCAGAGCUUGAGCAAGAUUGAACUCGGUGCGGUCGCACCUUCGCAUAUCGACCGCGUGCUCCAUGAUUGCUGACCUUCUCCUCCUUACACUGUAGCUUCUUAUAAUCUCAAGGUACGAGGCGCCGAGUUCCCAGACGCCCAACCUCGGUGGACCGAAUCCGACGAUCGAGAUUCAGCCUUGGAAGCUUAUUGA